UUGGCUGUGGCUCCGUCGCGACUCGCGACAUACCUGCUUGGAAGGUACGGGCCCACCGAACAGGCUGUACCCGAGCACGGCGUCGGAGAACGCGAAGAGGAGUGCACCAGCCCGCUGGGACCGGGACAGGAAGAUCCGCUCCACGCCAUGGUAGCCAGCAAUGCCGAGUACACGUGCACUGCGGGCGUCAGUGAUCCAGCAUGGAGCGUGGUCACGUAUAGUGAUGUGGCCAGCGCGCACGCCGCGGCCAGAGCUGGCUGA